AGCGCCCUCUGUGCUUCCUAGUGACGCCGGCGUGCGUGUUUGUGUACAGACGCACGUGUCUCCCGGCCUGCGGCGACACGUGUCUAAGCGCUGCUAGCCCUUCUCUUCGAGGAGCCCCGAGUCUCCCACUGGUGCUGCUGUACACAUCAGGGAGCUAAGUUGUCGCCUAGACCCACCCCCCCGAGGAUCCUGCAAACUCCCGGGUAAAGCAACACCCUUAGCGUGGGGCGGUACCGAAGACUGGACGCGGGGUGGGGGACAGAAUCGGGGACAGAAUCUUGCUUCAAGGGGCGAAAGCUCCCCCGCCUUCCUUCCCUAUCCCCGGUAGGAGCGUGUGGAAGCCCGCCCGUGUGAACGGGAGAGGAGAGAGUGGCUGUGCGCAGAAGCUAAGGGGAAGGCGGAGAAGCCGCUCUGAGAAGGAAAAGCAGACACCGGUUCUCACUUCUCCUGUUGCCGGGGAGCUGAACGCCGGCUGCUCCUGCCCUGUGUGACCCCGCCGGGAGGAUCUGCAUAGGGUGCCGGCGGGAGGGGGGGCAGCGGGAGGAGCCCGGGGCGGGGGCAGCUGGAGCCCAUGCGCCCCGGGCGCGCUUCAGCCAGAGAGUAGGCGAUCCCGGCGAGAGAAACCGCGCAGCGCAGCCAGGUCCCGUCCAGCCGCCGCCGGACUGUGCCGAGGCGCCUCCGGGCGUUUCCGCCUCGCAAGAUGCGCGGCAAGGGCAGGAAAGAGAGCCUCUCCGACUCCCGGGACCUCGAUGGCUCCUACGACCAGCUGACGGGCAACGCACCUGGCCACGCUAAAAAAGCCCUGAAGCAGCGGUUCCUCAAGCUGCUAUCCUGCUGUCGCCAGCCCAAAUCCAUCCCCUCAAUCAGCGAAAACAGUGUAGAGGAUGAGUUUGAGCUCUCCACUGUUUGUCAUCGGCCUGAGGGCCUGGACCAGCUACAGGAGCAAACCAAGUUCACCCGCAAGGAGCUGCAGGUCUUGUACCGGGGCUUCAAGAAUGAGUGCCCUAGUGGCAUUGUUAAUGAAGAAAGCUUCAAGCAGAUCUACUCACAGUUCUUCCCACAGGGAGAUUCAAGUACAUAUGCAACUUUUCUUUUCAACGCGUUUGAUACAGACCAUGAUGGCUCUGUCAGUUUUGAGGAUUUUGUGGCUGGCUUGUCCAUUAUUCUACGUGGCACAAUAGACGAUCGGCUCAAUUGGGCCUUCAACCUCUAUGACCUGAACAAAGAUGGCUGCAUCACCAAAGAGGAAAUGAUGGACAUAAUGAAAUCCAUUUAUGACAUGAUGGGCAAGUGUACUUACCCAGCCAUGCGAGAAGAGGCCCCUCGGGAGCAUGUGGAAAGUUUCUUCCAGAAAAUGGACCGAAACAAAGACGGUGUGGUGACUAUUGAGGAGUUCAUUGAGUCCUGCCAGAAGGAUGAAAAUAUCAUGAGUUCCAUGAAACUCUUUGACAACGUGAUCUAGCUGGCCACCCUGGAGCCCAAACCUUCACAUAUAUCCCAGGGCUUGUCUUCUUGGUGUUAUCCCUCUGAGGCACUCUUCUCUUGGCUGUCUGGAUAAAGCUGCCCCAUCUCUUGUCCACACUGAACCAGUGACUUUGUGGAGACAAUCCUCACAUCGUCAAGAUGCAGCUGGAGGCAAGCCCCUGCAACAGCUACCAAGUGGGAGACUUCAGCUGGGUUGUGCUAAGGCCCAACAAGGAGAAAGGUGGGCAGCCACAAGCACUGUUUCUGGGCAUUGAAAACAAGUGGAUCAGCCUAUCACUUCCCCCAGGAAAUGGCACUGUCCUGUCACCAUGUAGUGUGCCCACACUUCAGGACCUUCCAACUCACAACCACCCCUGGUCCCUCCCUGAGGCUCCAAGUGGGUUCCACACCACCAGAUGGCAAUGCAACCACUGAUUGCCAAGGACUUGCAAAGGAUUUCGUGUAUCUACAAUCCUACCUACUCCCUACAGGGAGAGGACUACAUCCGAUCUGCACUAAGGCUCUCAUUGCACAUGCGCUAAUACCCUAAUGCUUCCAGCAGGGGAGACAUUUCCUGGUGUCAAGGCAUCUUGCAGUCCAGGCAGUAAUUAACAAUGCUGGGAAGAAGCUGAAGCAGGGAAGACGGGUUGGUAGGAUUCCAUAACAGAGGAUAGAUAAUGAGUGUCACUCAAAAGAAGCAGGCACAAUAGAACCUUUAGGUUUAGUUUGGUAAGUGGGAGGGAAUGAAUGAAUUCAUGUUGGGGGGAGGGGGGAGCAUUUAACUGCAUGGGAGUUUCACCCUCCCACACCCCACUAUAUAAAAAUGGGAAACACAGAGAGGAAAUCACAUUGGCAACAUUGAAGUAAGAAUGAAAGUUAGAGAUGUUUCUACGCAGCUCCAGAAUAGACUUGUAUGUUAAGCACCUUCACCAAGCAGAUGUUGUACAGAAUAUAUAGAUGGAAAGAGCUCUGCUAUUCUAGAGUGAGAAACUCAGGGAUCACUUAAUGAUUAUGGGUGACAAUAUGCCUGACUCCAAAAGAAGACCCAGACAUGAGGCGCUGUAGGUUCAUAGAAAGCUGCCUUAUACUGAGCUAGGCACAGACUACAGUAGACGGACCUUAUACUAAUGUCCAUCUAACUUAGUAUUAUUGACACUGAGUGGCAGCAACUCUCCAGGCUUUCCAACAGGGAUCCUUCCCAGCCCUACCUGAAGAUGCCAGGAAUGUAAGCUAGGACCUACAUGCAAAGAAGAUGCUCUGCUACAGAGCUGCUGGCACUAGUCAGUGGCAGGGUUCUGUUAUGAAGCUUGUUUGGAGCUAGCUGCAGUGAGAGAUGAAAACAUGAGUUCCGUGUAGCUCUCCGACAGUGCAAUGAUGGUGUAUAGUAAAGGUGGAGGGAAGCAUGUCAGAGAAUAUCGAAGAGAGUGGGGAAACUUGGCUGCUGCUUCCCUGUGUCACCUAUAUUCGCUCUCUGCACAGGAGCCUAAUGGCUUCCCCUCAACCAGCUGCUCAUCUGUCUGUGAUGCUACCCCUUUAUUGAUUGCCACCCUCAUGGCAAGAAGCCCUUGGAUCAAUCAAAAGCACAUUAUGGGCAGCCAGAAGCUUCAGGGCCUAUUUAUGGAGCUCCAGAGUGUCAGCAACAGUGUCCCUGUGCAGAGGGCUGACAGUCACAUUAAAUGGACAAGACAGAGAAACAGCAAGAAAAAAUGGACUGACAAUGAGUAGUGAGGGGAGAUUGGGGAAAAGCUGGGUGGCUAUAGAGGAGCAAAUAGGGGCAGUUUGGGCAACUCCAAAAUACAGUUUGGGUGUGUAGAGGGCCUUAAAUUAGAAUGCCCCUGUGUCAUUAAUUGCCUAUGCUGCUCACAGUUAUGGCAUUCAUCUAAGGGGCAGAAUGCCACAAGUGUGACGGCAGGCACUUCCAUGAUCGGCAGCCUGAGUUGCUCUAGGCUGCGGACCACAAAAGCACCUGCUGUCAUGCUUACAGUAUUCGCCUCUUCAGACAAAGGCCGUAACCGUGAGCAGCAUGAGCAGAGGGAGUGAGUGAGUGAUGUGCUGGGGGUGGGUCUAACGAGUUGCAUUAAGGGGAGGGGUAACAUGACAAAAGUGAAAGAUGAGCUCAGCAAAAGCAUUCUGGAUUGACCGAAGAUGGAAGAUGGAGAUGCCAGGAGUGAAGACCAUAAAACUAGGAGACUGGAGUAAAGCAAGAUCAUGAACAAAGGUUUUAUUAGAAAGUACAAAAGGAAAGGAAGAAAUAGUAGGAUGACCAUAGAGAGAAGAGCCAAAGAUGACAAAGUUUUUGAAACAGGUGUGAUCACUGCAUCCUAAGAAAGACAGCAAUGUGCAGCAGAGAUACCCAGCAUAUGUGAGCUAGAGGUUUAUGGCAUAAACCACAGGCAGCUUCUAGAUGGCAGAGAUUAAUACCCUCUCUACUAGCCCUGUCUGGUCCUCAAUGUCGUACACACUAGCUCUAUUAGUAUGCUUAUAUCCUAUCCUAUCCUCCUCUUAUCCCAGCCCUGAGCUACCCUCGGCUCUGCCGUUGUCCAUCUUAACAAGCAACCCUCAUAUCUCUGUUUCAACCUCAGAAUGUAAUCCUAAUUCAGAUUAAGAAUUGCAGAUAGUUCAGAGAACUAUGCAAGGCCCCACUGCAGUGAAGGUCCCUCUUCUGGGGGCUGGAAGUAGAGUGUGUCAUUCAGGAGGGAUUCCCAUGGGGCUGGAAGAAGGACUGGAAUGAGGCCAAAAUUUGAACUGGCUGACUCAGGAUUUAUUAGCUAUGCAAACAGACGUCCACAUGCACUGGAGCCUAGGUAUGGUUCUUCCCCUUCCUGAGGCUGCCAUUUCACUUCUUAUGGGUCCAUCAUGCCAGCACUUAAUGAUUCCUCUCAUGCAGUCUAGAUGUAUGCUGUGAGGGUCACACCUGGAAUCAUCCUGGAGGUCAGGACAGUCUGCAUCUACUAAGUCAUUAUUUUACUUUAAUUUGCACACUGCCCCGUCCCAUAGCCUCAGGGCUCUUCACGCCAUUUAAAAAGUUCCUUUCAAUUUGGCUUGUACCACCCCACCUGUGCCUCCAAGUAUCCAUAGCUGCUCCUUGUAUCCCAUGCCUUUCAAAUUUCCUUCAAGCCCAUCCAUUCCAUACAUAUAUAGUCCUCAGUGGAGCAACUUCCAAUCAAAUGCUGCCCUACCCUCUUGCAUUCCCUUAUCUUCCAGCCAAGGAAGCCAGUUUCCACAGAUCACAGAUAACACAGACAUCCUCCUAGCUCGCACACCACCCCUCUGCCAUCCUCAUUCCUCAACUCAUUCCCAGAUUUUCUGUCCAGCUAAAAUCAAGACUGCUCAUUAAAGUUCCUCAUCCCCUAGGAGCUACUGAAGAAGCCUGACUCCCACCCCCAACUCUCCCUAGGGGCCUUUUAGUCCAGCCAGAAUGCUUUAGUGUUAUUCUACCUGUUUUACAGUCACUCAUGAAGCAGCUUCCAAUAUAACAAUUGCUUAAUGCAGUGUGCAUAGUUCAGAGCAUGUUGCAGUGGCCAUAUGGAUAGCAUCUGAAACAACUUCCAACUGUUGGCCAUAGAGACAGAUGUAAAUUUCUGGAAUUUUUGAAGUGAUAGGGGGGAAACUGAAAUUUUGGGACAAAAAGCUUAUAUACAAAGCUUAUUUUUGUAUCACAUUUACACUUUACUGUUUUAAAGACACAAAAUGAACUAUGCACAGCUUAGUACGUAAGACAUUUGUUUUUUUCCAAAUGAAGUUAAGGCAUUGAUAUGUUCAUAUUUCAUAAGUAUUCCAAACAACAGCGCUAGAGAUUAUAGAAGGUUUUUUUCCCCUCUUUCAAUUUUUCCAAGCUUUCUAGUUUGUCCAUCUCUGGCCUUAAGGGGCGGGCGGGGGGAGGUAGGAAAACUCCAUCUCACACACCCCUGAAUUUUUCUUGGGCUUCACAUUUCUAGGUGGCCAAAAUGGGUACAGUGGAUAAUAUAGAAAAUUUGGUAUCCAUACUGCCACUGCUAGGAAUAUCUUCAGGUGGUAUGGAAAUUUGUCACACAAUGUAGGAAAUCUACUCAGAAAUUCUCUAUACUGUAUAGCCACCAUAUGGCAUAAACCCUCUGAGGAGGCUAUUUCUAACAGCCUCUGUGUUGGGUAGGUAACCUUUGGCACUGGCUGUUAUUAAAUUAGAACUCACAUAAUCCCCAACCACAAUAUACUGAUAACUGACGUUGUAGUUCAACACCAGCUGGAUUGCCAAAGGUUGCCUACUCCUGCUCUAUGUGGUGGCUCUAGCAUGUAAAGUGGUGCUGUCAGCUGGAGCUGGAUCAGAGGCCAGAUGGCUGGUGAAACAAUAUAGAGGAUCUAUGUCAGCUGAGAUGGCCACAAAACCAAUGCAAGAGCAGCUGCUGAAGAGAAGAUUUAUGGCAAUGUGUUUCGAUAACUGAUCUUUUUCAAGGGACAUUUUCACUUGACUGCCUAGAAGAGAUAUUUUUAUUCCAAAAUUCUAAGCAGACUAGAUUGAUGAGUGUAUUUAUCUAAAGAGUUGUUAUAUUGGUUCUUUCCCUGCUCAGUGGAAAAACCUACAGUAUAGAACAACUCUUUGGAAAGACACAUUCCUCAGUCUGCUCAGGAUUUUGGAAAGAAAAUAUAUUUUCCA